CCAAGGGGGGAGGGAAGGGGAGAGAGUGCUGGGGGGGCAGAGGGAGAGAGAGAGGGAGCGAGCUAUCUCGCGCUACGCCUUCCUCUAAGCUCCGGGAGCCCGGGAGAGCGCUCAUUUUAGGACUGGGGAGAGGGGUAAAAAGAGCGGAGGCAGCGCCCGCCCUGGCCUCGCUGCCCCCGGGGAGGGAGGACUCUGGCCGGCGCCCCCCUCCGGGCGGGCGGCCCGGCAAGCCGGGGAGCGCGGAGCGGGCGGCGCAGGGAGCUGUCCAGUUCAGCACCAGCCGGGAAUGCAGUAGGUGGGAGCGCCUCGGCCGGGGGCCCAGCGCGUGGGGGGGGCGGGCGGGCGGCCCAUCCUGCAGCAAGACGCCGGCUGCCUUGUUUCCAGGAGCUUUGCAGAUAGGGGGAGGGAAACCCGCCUCGAUUCUCCGGGAGAAACCCCCUCCCUCCCCCACUUCGCCAACACUACCCCCGCCACCAACAACAAUAACCGCCGCCGCUGCUCGUCCUGCCGCCGCCGCCGCCGCCGCCGCCGCGCCUGCCCGCCCUGCCGCCGCCGCCGGGGCCAAACCAUGGAAGGCGAGACCCCCGCACCUGUGCAGCUGAGCUCCAGGGCUCCCAGAAUACUGGCAAGUCUGCUCUGAAAAGCGAGCGCCGAGACCCCCCCAAGGAAGAGAACUGGCGAAGCAAAGGAUUUUCAUGGCGCAGGCCGCAGAGCCGGGAACGAAGACGGAAGGUUGCAUCUCGGCUCUUACAGUCGCUAACUGUCUAGGUCCCGACCGUGAGAGAUGGUGUUGAGAAUUCGGCCGUUCCCUGGUUCACUGUGGAAGCCAUCUCCAAAUUAGCUAUCACAUAUGGAAACUGGAGACCAGAAUUUUAGAAAAAGAGAUUAAGGCGUCUCACUUGGGGGGGGUGGGGGGUGUCUUUUUAAUUUUUUUCCCCUUUUUUAAAAAAAAAUCACUGCAACUGGAACAGUUUGUGAUCUCAAAAGGCAAGCCUCUCUUUCUCGUGUGAUCUUUAUAAUUUACACUCUUUUCCGUGAGCUUUCUUACCUCCCUUUUUUAAAAAUAACUCUCCACAUUCUCUAUUCACACAUAUAUCCAUUAUAUUAGUAGUGGAAUUAUUUUUAUUGUUUUUUUUUUUUUUUUGCUUUAGUACUUGCACUCUCACACACACUCUCCCGAGAACCAGAAGUCGGUUGGGUGUUUAUAUAAUGAAGAAUUAUGGGGCUGUUUGAUCGAGGUGUUCAAAUGCUUUUAACCACCGUUGGUGCUUUCGCUGCCUUCAGCCUGAUGACCAUAGCUGUGGGGACCGACUACUGGCUCUACUCCAGAGGGGUUUGCAAGACCAAAAGUGUCAGUGAGAAUGAAACCAGCAAAAAGAACGAGGAAGUUAUGACCCAUUCUGGAUUAUGGAGAACCUGCUGCCUAGAAGGGAACUUCAAAGGUCUUUGCAAGCAAAUCGAUCACUUCCCAGAGGAUGCAGAUUACGAAGCUGACACAGCAGAGUAUUUCCUCCGGGCCGUGAGGGCCUCGAGCAUCUUCCCGAUCCUGAGUGUGAUUCUGCUUUUCAUGGGUGGACUCUGCAUUGCAGCCAGCGAGUUCUACAAGACUCGACACAACAUCAUCCUGAGUGCCGGCAUCUUCUUCGUGUCUGCAGGUCUGAGUAACAUCAUUGGCAUCAUAGUAUACAUAUCCGCCAAUGCCGGGGACCCCUCCAAGAGCGACUCCAAAAAGAAUAGCUACUCUUACGGCUGGUCCUUCUACUUUGGGGCCUUGUCCUUCAUCAUCGCCGAGAUGGUCGGGGUGCUGGCCGUGCACAUGUUUAUUGACCGCCACAAACAGCUGCGGGCCACGGCCCGCGCCACGGACUACCUCCAGGCCUCCGCCAUCACCCGCAUCCCCAGCUACCGCUACCGCUACCAGCGCCGCAGCCGCUCCAGCUCGCGCUCCACGGAGCCCCCACACUCCAGGGACGCCUCCCCCGUGGGCAUCAAGGGCUUCAACACCCUGCCGUCCACGGAGAUCUCCAUGUACACCCUCAGCAGGGACCCCCUGAAGGCCGCCACCACGCCCACCGCCACCUAUAACUCCGACAGGGAUAACAGCUUCCUCCAAGUUCACAACUGUAUCCAGAAGGAGAACAAGGACUCUCUGCACUCCAACACAGCCAACCGCCGGACCACCCCUGUAUGAAGACGGCCGGGGGCCUCGCCAGCCAGCGCCGCCGGGGCAGCGCGCAGAGCAGGGGCGCGGCCGCCGCAGGGCAGGGGCAGGGGUGGGGCGGGGGCAGGGGCGCCCACACCAUCCCCGGGAGACCUUCCCAAAGCAAAAACAAAAAAAGAACAAAAAAAACAAAAACAAAAACAAAAAAACAAAAACAAAAAAAGAGAAAAACGUAACAAGUAAAUUAAAAAAAAAAAAACAACAAAAUAUAAGAGGAACAAAGAAGCAAAACAACAGGAGAUGUGGCAAAAUAUAAAUGGGGGAAGAAAAACAAACUUUUAAAAAGUGAGAGGGAUAAAAAAUUAAAAAUAGAAAAUAAAUCUAAAAGAAAUGCAUGAUUUCCCAUGUACCAUUAUUUUAACAUUUAAUAAAAACCAAUUUAAAUGAAAAUAUAAAAGGGAACCAAGAUAACAUUAAAGCAAAAAAUGAGAAGGAACAGAAAAGAAAGGAAAUGUUCUUCCUAUUUAUCAGGGUUUAUGUUUUUUUUUUUCUUUUUUUAACACGGGAAGAGUUACUUUUCUGUUCCCUUUAACCCCCAGAGGACCCUACCUCCCUGGGAGAGUGGGGUGUGGAGACUCAGCGGCCCAAGGCCAGGUGAGCCUGUGGUCACUGCCAGGUCCCUGGAGCCCCUGGGUGGGUGUCCCCACAACGCUGGGAAGGGCUCAGCGGCUACAAAGCCCGCUCCACCUGGCACUGAUGGGGCAA